UUUGCUCUCAGCUCCACCGUCUCACAAACCCUCUAAAAAUGUUGCCGGUGUGGCAGAAGACGCGCGCUGUUCGCAUAUAAAAAUCGACGUUUUGAGGACAGACGACCGCCCGCGUUGCGCCUGACUCCCGACUAACACGGGGUGUUCUAGUACAGGCAAAGGAGUUCGGAUGAAGCGUGCAUAGGCCGGAGACUGGAUAAGGUAUACGACCACCGACAACAGGCAGAUGUUCAUAAGCUAAUGUCGUCGGUAAAGCUCAACUGUUGGUACUUCUUCACGUUAAGUAAGAGGGAGCGAAGAAUUCCACGCACUGUAUACAGGCCAAGCAGCAGCAGUCCAGCAACGACAUUGCGAUUUUCGCGCAGCGUCCAUUACCGUUGGCUUUUGGAAAUAAAGAGAGAGCCGGCGUCGAUAGUCGACUGGAAGAGAGGCAAGCCAAAACGCAAUGAAACGUGGAACGAACUACAUGUGCAAUGAGCUAGCAGCGACCUCAGUGGGAAUAGCAAAAGACGCAGCGGCAGUAGCGUUACACAGCAAAGUGGAACCGAGCAGCAACCGAUGAUGAUUGUGAUUAUAUUGACGGAAAAGCGGAAUGUUGCACGCAAACAACCAACAAAAGCCUGCCGCCGUUGCCGCGAUAACGACGAAUGCUAGAAGAAGAGGGCGAAGAUGAGAAGUUCGAUAAGAAUGAUAGAGGGAAGAAUGACGGUGGCGUAGAUUCGAAGAUGAGUGCGGCUUCGACUGCUACGGCGCACUUCACAAUGCGGACUCGUACCUGGGUUUGCUGUUCGGAUCUGGCCGUAACUAUUGCCCUCCUAUUAAUUUCGUUGGUGGCAACAAGCCCCGUUUAUGGAGCGCGCAUGUGCCCGCAAGGUUGCUCGUGCCGAAACGAUGAACAAGUUAUAGUGGAGUGUUCAAAUGCAACACUGGAGAUGGUGCCGUACACACUACAUCCAAAAUUACGCAGUCUCUCAUUACGCGGCAAUCGCUUACGCCAACUUAGCGGAUCGUCGUUCUUACACUAUGGGGAGCUACGGAAUCUGGAUUUGUCCGACAAUCAACUGGUCGAUCUAGGACGACGCGUAUUCGCGUCGUUACGCGCUCUCGAACUGCUCGACCUUAGUGAAAACACGAUAAGUGAGCUAAGUAAUUCGACUCUUGAAGGUCUCAUUCAGCUAAAUCAACUUGACCUUUCUUCUAAUUAUAUUGAAUGUAUUCCGCAUGGCAUGUUUGUCGGAUUGUCCCAGCUACAAAGGCUCGAUCUAUCUUCAAAUCUCAUCAAGAAUUUUUCUGAUACAAACGUGUUUCGAGGCGCCAAAAAAUUGCGUAUUCUCAGCAUACGGAACAAUAAAUUGAGUUCAAUUCCAACCGAUACGUUUCGACAUAUAGCUGACUUGGCUCUAUUGGAUCUAGGACUAAACGAUAUAAGUGAGCUAGGCCCAGAAGCCUUUCUGCCUUUACGAGCGUUGGAAGAGUUGCGUCUCGAUGGUUGCAAAUUACAGGCCAUACAAGCGGGUGCCUUUCGGGCUUUAGGUGGCUUGCGGGUCCUUCAUCUGCAAGAUAACCAGCUUGGAGACACUCCUUCGGCCAGCUUCUCGGACAUCCCUCUACUCGAAGAGAUUGACGUUGGCCAGAAUCCUAUCAGCCGCCUUCGGGACCGCGCUUUUCAGCACUUGCGCCACCUGCGUACGCUCAGUCUCAGUGGGGCAACGGAAAUGCGAGAGCUUGAGCCAAACGCUCUCAUUGACAACCAACAGCUGGAACAGCUCAGCCUAUCGUACAAUGUUGUCCUCACUCAGCUGAACCCGGCAACAUUUCGUCCACUAUCUCGGUUGCGCAGAGUCAACCUGCGCGCCAAUGGCCUAACCUCACUGCCGGUCGAUCUAUUUCCAGUGGCGUGGGAAGAUCUGACUGAGCUUGACAUUAGGGACAAUCCGUUUGUCUGCAACUGUUCUCUUCGAUGGCUCUUGACCAAACGCAGACGGCAGCAGCACCUGUCUCUGAUUCAACCUCAGGGACUGGCUGGAACAGGUCCUAGCCUCACUAUAAAAAAUGCCCCUUCGGUCGAAAUACUACCCGGAUCACUUUUCGCUAACGAAACGACAAAGAUUAAAUGUAAUGCUCCGCCACAUCUUGCAGGUAACUAUCUAGACGCGGUAGAAUCGGAGGAAUCGUUGGAGUGUUCAUACUGGCCAUACGCGGUUCGUGUAAGUAUACUUCGGGCCACCGUCGGCAUCCUGCUGGCAGUUGCACUGCUUUCUACCACCACGUGUUACCUCCGAAAUCGUAGCAAGGUAGGCGCCUUCUCGCUAUCCUGCCGAAGUCGACUGAGCCCAAAGAGUUCUUCGCCUAGCAAACAGUUGGGCGGCUCCGAGUGGCUACAGACUGCGGAAACUGAAAAGGUCGAGUGUCUUUUCGCUCAGACCCGGCUCCCGUCCACCGACCAGAAUCUGCAAACGGCCUCGGCUGCCGCAGCUGCCGCCGCUAAUCAAGCGGAGAUAACCAACAACGGCGUCUAUAUUUGCCAACUAUCGGACGGCGGUGGUAGCAGUAUUGGGUUUGGAAUCGGGGUUGGAGCAGGACAGAGGAGACCAGGCGCUCUACAUCCUCAACCCCUACGCUUUCUUCCUCAACAGGGCUUAGCCAGUCCGGACCUUCUUGAUCUGUGCCGGAGUUCGCCGGAGCCCUCGUACAAUUCCUUGGCUGUAGCUGCUGCGGCUACAGGUUACUCAAGCGUACCCCGACAACAACCAUCGGGACUCACCGUUAAAUCAACCACUGCUCCACGGCUUCCGCAAACAUCGCAGACAGCGGGUCUCUCAACUGGCCGAUUUGGUCCCGGCACCGCAGUGGAUCGGGAAUUUUUACCACCACUGCUGCGAAACAGCCAUAGCCAACCAGCAGCUGCACACGGCGAGCAAGGCCCACCAUUUUGUUAUUAUUUUGAAUAAGCUCUUAAGACUAAAAAAAAGAAAACAAUGAUCAUUCGAACAAACCUUAGCAGGUGUUUUCUUGCUAGGAUAAACGAUCACUAGACACGGUAUCUUUUUUUAUUGUAAUGCAUGUACAGAAGGAUGAAAAAUACAAAUGCCACAAGGGCAUGUCAGACAAUUCGUCCAAAUCUGUAAGAGUACGGCUAGAAACAUGUUCUCUAGAGCCAGAAAACUGAAAGACAGGUUUGGCAGAAGUGCGGCCUGGUGUCCUUCACGUAUGAAAUCAGUUUUUUGCUGUCGCAUGUGUAUACGUUAUAGGUAACGAAAAUGGGGGAUAGAAUAAAUGAGAGAAAACCACUAAUUAUGAAAGAUUAACUAACUGCCCCAUAGUGAGUUAGCAUUAGUAGAACGCUCCCUACAAUGUAUACACCAAAAAACGCUCAAAACACUCGCAAACAAGAAGGCACAGAAAGGCAUACGCUGACCAUACGCGCACUUUGAACUUAAUUUAGAUAUAUAUAUAUAUAUAUAUAUAUAUAUAUAUAUAUAUAUAUAUAUAUAUAACAGAAGGGUAGUGGGGAACUCAAAGGUACAUUAUUCACGCUACGAAAAAAAAAGGUGUGAACCACAACAAAGAGCAUAAAUGCUGGUGUGUACAUAUAUUGUAAUACGCUUACGUGUAACAUAUUGAAAACAAGGUAUUUUUGUACGUAUACAUUUAUUUAGUGUUUUCCUUGAUUUAGUAUGUAGUAUUAAGGUUUUUCUAGUUUAGAAUGGUAUUUGCUUUAGCGGAACGUUAACGUAUCAUCUUGAAAUCAAGAUUUUAGGUUUUAUACUUCACAGGUUUGUCCACGCAUUUUCAUAUGCGUGGCCAAAAAUAAAAAGAGAACCUUCUGAAACGCAGAGUACUUUCGACACGUCCUCGACAACUUCACUAUGAACACAUCUGAUAAAUUGUCGCUUUAGAAAGAAGGUAAAAUGAAUAUAACGUACCAACAUAAAAGCGAGUGACCCGAUG